AUGAUCUUUAUUAACAACAGUGCAUGUGAAUUAGAAGAUGAUUGUUCGUCUACCUUAUCUGCUGCAUCUAUCGUAUCAAUCGUUUUGAUUGUUAUGGGUGUGGUAUGUUUGAUCAUUUACGCAGUGGCUCGGAUCCAUCAACGUCGACAACGAGCUAAACACGCCGACCAAUUUGAUCCUACUUCACAACAACACUCGAUGGAGAAAGAAAUAAUCGAGUCUCCACAAUCUUCUGCCAGCACCGUGACUUUUGCCAGUAAUGAUUUUAGCCACGAUACCACCAAGCUUCAACAUAAUUCCGCGUCUUCACUUUCCAGUGGUGAUACUUUCCUUAACACCAAUACUGGUGCCCCAACCCCAGCGAUUAGCGUGACCCACCAAUUCAAGACCAAAGUUUACGACCGCAAGAAGGGUGUUGAAGCAAAUGAUUCCAUCUCGGUUGGCAGUACCGAUACUACGGUAGGUCACCAAAACAGUACCGGGUAUAUUGUUAGAGCACCGAAUAAUAAUAGUAGUAGUGCCACUUUGCACUCGAUUGGAUCGUUCCAAAAUGGGUUCGUUGAAGUACCAUUGCCAGAAAAAGUGAUUUCUAGACCAAUUCAAAAUAUAGUUUGA